AUGAAGUCGUCCAUGUUGGUAGGGCUGGUGGCUUCGAUAACCGCGCUGCUCACGGUCAUCGUCAUCACAAUGGUGUCUCGCGUCGUGUAUGCCAACUACGGCUCUGUCGAUGACUUCGAUCACCUGGAAGAAGAGGGCGUUGACGUGGCCGGUGCGAUUGUUGUCGUCCGCUAUGGCAAGAUCUUCAGGGGAGACAAGGUAAGGUUCGCGGAGGAGCGCGGGGCAGCGGGCGUGAUCCUGUAUACGGACCCCCAGGACGCCGCGCCCCUGGGCCCUGAAGCCACGUACCCAAACACUGUCUAUGCUCCCCCGGGGUCCACGCAGCUGGGGUCCCUCUCUCUCCAGGGGGACCUUCUUACUCCCGGGUACCCUGCGACAGAAUCCGCUUACCGAAUUCCUGAAGAACAAGCAGAUUCGCCCGGCAUUCCCGUCCAACCUGUUGGUUAUGGCGAUGCUCAACAUAUCUUCAGCAUCUUAAAAGGCGAACGCGCACCCGAUGAGUGGCAGGGAGGUCUUGACAUAGAAUACCUGCUGGGUGGUGACCUGGAAGGACAUGAGGUCAUAUUGGACGUUCACAAUAUAAAUUCUAGGGAACAAGUGUACAACGUGAUAGGAUCUCUAAUUGGUCAAGAGGAACCAGAUCGUUACGUACUGAUCGGGAAUCACUAUGACGCCUGGACCUACGGCGGAAUAGACCCCUCGUCGGCCACCGCCGCGCACCUCGAACUCACCCGCGUGUUCGGCGAGAUGUACAGGGACGGCUGGCGGCCCCGGAGGACCCUCGUGUUCUGCAGCUGGGCGGCGGAGGAGCCGGGCGUCAUCGGCUCGACGGAGUUCGCGGAGCAGUUCAGCGCCAUCCUGAAGGACCGAGCUGUAGCAUACCUUAACGUGGACAUGGUGAUGGAAGGCAAUUACUCUUUCAUGGCCAGCGCCGUCCCGAUGCUGUAUGACGUCAUCAUCGCCACCUCGAAGGCCGUGCCCAACCCGGACCAGGACGAGGUCGAGGCGGGUCGUGCCUCCCUGUACGACACGUGGGUGCACCGCUUCCCCAGGAACGACAGCGAAGAGGAAGGGGCGGCGUCGGAGCCCCUCUUCUCCACCUUCGGCUCCGGCAGCGACUUCCGGGCGUACGUCUUCAACCUGGGGAUUCCCAGCCUCGACCUGUGCUUCGCUUCCGCGCCGGAUGAACCAGGACUCCCUUUGUACCACUCGGCGUAUGAAACCUACGAAUUAGCCUUACUCAUGGAUCGUGAACUCCGCUUCCACCAAGCUACUGCCAGAAUGUGGGGUUUGCUUGCCUUAGAGUUCUCGAGCCGGCCCGUCCUCCCGUUCUCCCUCAAGCAGUACAGUGACUUCGUCAAGGAGGAGUUCAAGAUCUUCAAGAAAAAGUAUGGAGCGAAGCUCUUAUUACUUGGCGUGAGCACAGCUAAUUUGGACGCAGCCAUUAAGAGUCUGAGCAAAAACGUCGACGACUUCUUGGAGGAACUCGACGCAGCCGACUGGAAUAACGACCUGGUCCUCCGAACGUUCAACGACGCCAUGAUGCUGAUGGAGCGCGCCUUCCUCUCUCCCUUCGGCCUCCCUGCGCGCCCUCUCCUCAACCACGUGUUACUAGCCCCGAGCACCUUGAACGGCUACGUGUGGGACGUCUUCCCUGGCCUGAGGGACCUGCUGCGCAACAGCAACGUCACGGCGAGCAAAGUGAAUGAACACAUGGCCGCCGUCACGCACCAUUUCAACAUGUCCGCCGCCGCUCUGUCCCUCCGCUUCUGGUAGCCCUGUGUCUCCCGUCGACGUUGUAAGUCUUUUUGUAAAGCUGUAUAUAAAGAAUAUUUUGUCUGAUUUUGAUUUUUGUGAGAUUAAUCCGAUCUAUGUAAAUAAAUACUGUUUUGUCAAACAAAAGUCAUACGCGGUGAUGCUUUAUAAAUGAGAUUGUGGGACUCGUAAAUGUAAAGAAAUAUGCAUACUUAUAAAAUCGGUUUUCAGAAAAUCAGCUUUUAAAUCUAUUACUAUAAAAAUAUAAA